CAAAAUCCACUCCUCAGUCUUGCUGUAGGAGCCCCAUGGGUGGCGAAGGCAGCGAAGAGAACGCCGCCGGCGAAGAGCUAGAAUGGGAGGACGAAGUAGAAGUAGUCGGCGAGAGGGAGGAGAGGGAUCGGGAGAUGGCCCUGGUGAACAAGCCCAAGAAGGGCAAGCGGAAGAUUAGGGAUUCCGGGGAGCGAGAGAUCAUGGAUUCAAGAAAGGCUAAGACCAAGGACCCCAGCAAGGUCAAGAGAGCCAAGUCCAACGGCUCGCUGGCGGCGCUCCCGGCGGACCUCCGCGGUCCUGACACGGAGUGGUGGUACGCCUUCCUCACCAAGCACGCGGAACUCCACAAGGACGCUGAAUCAGGUGGCAGUGUGCCAGUGCCUUCAGAUGAGGAGGACGCAUUCAGGUACUUCUUCAGGACAUCAAGGAGGACCUUUGACUACAUCUGCUCGAUUGUACGAGAUGAUUUGAUAUCGAGGCCGCCGUCUGGGCUGAUCAACAUUGAGGGGAGACUGCUUAGUGUGGAGAAGCAAGUAGCGAUUGCCAUGAGGAGGCUGGCAUCUGGGGAUUCGCAGGUGUCGGUGGGAGCUGCUUUUGGCGUGGGGCAGUCUACUGUUUCCCAAGUGACAUGGAGGUUUAUCGAGUCGAUGGAAGAGAGGGCUCGGCACCAUUUGGUUUGGCCGGACCAGGAGAGGAUGGAGGACAUCAAAGCUAGGUUGGAGGUUCUGUCUGGUCUGCCAAAUUGUUGCGGUGCCAUUGAUGCCACACACAUUAUCAUGACGCUUCCUGCUGUUGAGUCAUCUGAAGACUGGUGCGACCCUGCGAAGAACUACAGUAUGUUCCUGCAAGGGAUAGUUGACGAUGAGAUGAGAUUUAUUGAUAUUGUCACUGGUUGGCCAGGCAGCUUGCCAGUCUCACGCUUGUUGAAAUGCUCUGGCUUCCACAAGCUCUGUGAGGCUGGGAAACGCUUGAAUGGCCCUGUCAGAGUUUCAGGGGAAGAUGCAGAAAUAAGGGAAUUCAUUGUUGGUGACAUGUGUUAUCCUCUGCUCCCAUGGCUUAUGACUCCGUACGAAGAUGAAAAUCUAUCUGCCCCAAUGGUCAACUUUAAUGCCCGUCAAAAAACUGCAAGGAUGCUUGGAACAAGAGCGUUGGCACGGCUGAAAGGAUCCUGGAGGAUCUUGCACAAAGUUAUGUGGAGGCCUGAUAAAAAUAAGUUGCCCAGUAUCAUUCUUGUGUGCUGUCUGCUUCACAAUAUAAUUUUGGACUGCAAAGAUGAACUGCUUACGGGUAUUCAGCUUCCAGUUCAUCAUGAUACCGGCUAUAAAGAAGAGAACUGCAAGCAAGAGAACCCCAGUGGCAAAGUCAUGAGAGAGACCGUUACAGGGCAUCUCCCAACCUUUGAAGCUGUAUUGAACUGAAGUAAGGUGACUGGAAGUACUGAUGCAGAUUCGGUGUUCUCAAUCAUCCUUAAUGUCCCCUUUCUCUAUGUUAUUUUCUAGUGUAAUCAGACCUGAUGGUUACAGUAAAGAUUCUCCAUGGAUAGUGUGAUUCAUUGCUUUGGUAAUACUUUGAAGAGCAUACAUGAGUUAAUGUUUUCCUGAUGA